GGCGGAAGUGGUGACUUUGGAAGUUUGAAAUCAUGGCUGGAGCUUGAGACUGGGCACAGGUGCACCUAGAAGGGUUUUCUGCCUUCAACCACCUCCACCUGCACUAUCCCCCUGUUUGAGAAUGUCCCACUCAGCCAUCCCGCCUCUCGGUGUCGGGGCCACGGCCCCAGAGGUUCUGUCCCUCCUGCACCAGCGCCUGCUGAUGGCCGAGGAGGAGGCUGAAGCUCUUAUUAGAGACACGGGCACACUGGGGGUCUCCAGGGAUCAGAUCCUGGGGUCUGCACAGAGGAUGGACGCCACACAGCGCCCUGUGAGUCCUCUGAAGGUGCGUCGGGUCACUUGGGACGAGGGCGCGCUGCGGAGACAGUGUGACGCUUUAGUGAGCCGGGUGUGUCGCAUGGAGAGUCUGCUGCAGACCCUCAAACUCACCGUGUUCCGCCUGGAGACUGAGAGACAGCUGGAUCCAUCUCACACAGCCCAUCUGGAGCAGCAGCUGGCAGCGCUGCAGCAGGACAGUGAGGAGGAGCGUCAGGCCUGCAGGAGGGAGGUGAUGAAGCUCAGGGAGCAGCUUCAUCAGGCCUACCAGGAGAGAGAUGAAGCUCUCACAGAGGUGCAGAGGCUGGAGGAGACAGUGGGGGCUGCUGCUGCUGCCAAGAUGGAAGUGGCUUUGGCAGCUGAGGAGCUGAAGAUCGUCAAAUUAGAGAUGAGUCAGAAACUGACGGAGAUGCAGCAGCAGAUGAGACAGGAGUCGGCCCGCUCCGCUGAAGCCAUGAAAUCUCACAGCGAGUUUCUCCAGCGGGUGGAGGAGAUGGAGAGAGCAGUGGAGAUGGAGAGGAGACAGGCUCUGAUGCUGCGCUCAGAUUGCCAGGCCUUGCGUGUGGAGGUGCGGACCGGCCGGCAGCAAUUGGCUGAAGAAGAAGACAGAGUCCAACAGCUGGAGGAGCGCUGUCAGCAGCUCACAGAGCAGACAGUGAUGAAGGACUCCCUCGUGUCUGAGCUGAGGACUGAGCUGAAGGCUGAGCGGAGUCGUGCGGUCCACCAGCUUCAACAGCAGGACCUGCAGCUGGAAGCAGCCACACGCAGCAUCCAGACUGAGCUGCAGGUGGCGCUCACAGAUAAAGUUAACCUGCAGCUGGAGCUACAGAAGCUGACAGGUGAACAUGCACAGCUCCUGCAGAGCUCCUCCACUGCACGAGAGACAGCGUCCACUCAGAGGGAGCUACUGGAGCGAACCAUUGAGAGACUGCGGGGGGAGCUGAGCACGGCCAGGAGAGAGGAGGGUGCAGUGAGGAAAGACCCGCAGAGUUUAAAGAACAAGCUGAGUCUUGUUGUCACUAAGUUGGAGGGUGAGAGGAGCAGUUUGGAGACCCAACUUACUGAGGCCAAGCAGGAGGCGGGGUCUCUGAGCUCAGCCCUACAGAGGCAGCAGGAUGAGAACAGGAGGCUCAUGGGAAAGGUGGCGGCUUUGGAGCAGCAGCAGCAGGUGGACCAGAUGCUGAAGGACCUGACUGCCAGUGAGAAAGGGAAUCUUAAGGUCAGUGAGCUGGAGGCCUUGCAGGGUGUCUCUUGUCCUGCAGGGGGCGCUGUCAGUCAAACCCUUGAAAACAUCCUGGCCUCUCAGACCCUGCAGCAGGAGCUGAGCACCCUCAAGACACACAGGGUGCAGGCUCAGAGAGAAAUCAGAAAACACCAAGCAGAGGUGGAGAAACUCCAGCGACUCCUGACGUCUACUCACGCCAAGAACAACAGAGCUCUGGAGUCCUUGCAGAAGGCCUCAGAUUCAGCCAAAGUGGACAACAAGAGGCUGGCCCAGAGUUUGGAGCAGGCUGUGUUGACCAACAGCAGUUUACGCAGCAAACUGGAGCAGACCAGAGACCAGUACCAGGCCGCCAUCACACUGAGAGACGAGGAGCUACGCGAGGUUCGGACACAGAUUAGUCAUUUGUCUGAGGAGCUGGGAGCUUUGAAGCAACAAACAAGGGGAGAUUAUGAAUCUUCCAUGAAGACACUGCAUCGAGAAAUCUCAGAGCUGAAACACACAGUUAAGGCCUCAGCAGCCGGGUCAGGUGACCUCUCCAAGGCCAAUCAGGAGCUCCACCAGCGGGUGUCUGAGCUGGAGCGGCUGGUGUCCAAACAGAAAGCUUGUAUCAGAGAACACAGGAGUCGACUGAGGCAGCAACACAAGAGCAGAGAUUUGCAGGACAACUGUCAGGAAGAUGAGAGGUUUGAAGAGAGAACCAGGAAUCUGCACGAGGAAGAGCAGGCUGACCACAAGCCUCAGGAGGUCAGGAUGGACUCUCAGCAGGUUUUACACAAACGCGAGGCAGAGUGGGAGAGGUGGACAUCGACCAUCCAACGCUGGGAGGCCAAGAGAGAGCUGGCUCACAUCGCUGGAAGAUCCGCGCCUGUGAGGACACAGCUGACAAAACAAUCACACUGAUGAUAACGGACGUAUCUCACACAAACACACACACCUGAGCACAGGGGGAAGCAACAUGACACAGUGAUCCUUUGUAUUUAUUCAAACAUUAAAUGAUGACCAACAGAGAGGAAGAGAUAGCAGCCAUGUGUGAAAUAGCAGCUAUAGAGUCAGAUAUGUGUGUGUGUGUGUGAUGUCCUCCAGCUAUAUCGAUCCGAAUUUAAUGAUGGUCAGGAGGGAAACAUGCACUCUCAUCAAAACAAACUGUACAGCCAUAACAUCUGAUAUACUUCACUGUACAAAGAUUCAGAUUUUUUUGUACCAACAGUUUAUAGAAAAGUAAUUUUUUUUUAAAUAACACUGCGUACAAAUGUAUGAUUCUCCAUCUACCAUAGUUGCUCUUUCUUAUGUACAGAGUGUUGGCUUGUUAUUUGGCGAGUUAACUGUUAAUAUACUGUAUAACGUGACUUCUCGUCUCCCUCUCACUUGAAUCCUGGGUUGUAUGAGAUCAUUGGGAGUUCAUCAGGGAGACAGAGACGUGAAUAAUCCAACAGCAGAGGAGAUUCUGUUUCCAGGAGAAAAUGUUCUCAGCUCUGGGGUCAAGCUGCUGCCCGUGCUGUGAAUCCCAGCGAGGAAAAACAUCUCCUUGUUCAUCCAAUGUUUGAUAAGUACACCAGCUCCUCUGCGAUCUUACUGUGGGCUGAAGAGUUGAAUGUAGACAGAGACACAAAGAUCCUCCAUUUGGCGCUGCACUAUGCUACAAAUCCUGAGAAAAACACCCACCAUGAGUCCACCUUCUGUGUUUUUUUUUUUUUUCUUAAAAAAAGUUGACAAAUCUUAGAAACCGUACAAACACUCACAGUUAA